UGCAGGGCAAAUGGACAGGAUCUUCAAAUUGGAAUACAAUUGUGGAUCCUUUAAAUGGGGACUCGUUCAUUAAAGUUGCCGAAAUAGAUGAAACUGGAGUACAACCAUUCAUUGAGAGCUUGUCCAGGUGCCCAAAACAUGGUCUACACAAUCCGUUCAAAGCACCAGAGAGGUACCUUUUGUUCGGAGACAUAUCAGCGAAGGCAGCUCACAUGCUUUCCCUGCCUAAGGUUUCCGAUUUCUUCACUAGGUUAAUACAGAGGGUGGCUCCAAAGAGUUAUGACCAGGCUCUUGGUGAAGUUUAUGUUACACAAAAGUUUCUAGAAAACUUUUCAGGCGAUCAGGUUCGCUUCCUGGCAAGGUCUUUUGCAGUACCUGGGAAUCAUCUUGGGCAGCAAAGUCAUGGUUUCCGAUGGCCUUAUGGUCCGGUGGCAAUAAUUACUCCGUUCAAUUUUCCUCUAGAGAUUCCUGUACUCCAGCUGAUGGGUGCACUUUAUAUGGGCAACAAGCCUGUUCUUAAAGUUGAUAGCAAGGUAUGCAUUGUUAUGGAACAAAUGCUUCGAUUGCUUCAUGAUUGUGGGUUACCUGUCGAAGAUGUUGACUUCAUCAACUCCGAUGGAAAGAUAAUGAACAAGCUAUUGCUGGAGGCAAAUCCACGAAUGACUCUUUUUACUGGUAGCUCAAGAGUUGCAGAUAAGUUGGCUGUUGACUUGAAGGGUAGAAUCAAAUUAGAAGAUGCCGGAUUCGAUUGGAAGAUCCUUGGGCCCGAUGUCAAUGAGGUUGACUAUAUUGCUUGGGUAUGUGAUCAAGAUGUGUAUGCAUGUAGUGGUCAAAAGUGCUCAGCGCAGUCAAUUCUAUUCAUGCAUGAGAACUGGGGUGCAAGUUCGAUCAUUAGUCAACUCAAAAAUCUUGCUGCAAGGAGGAAGCUAGAAGACUUGACUAUUGGCCCUGUCCUCACAUUUACUACAGAGGCAAUGCUAGAGCAUAUGAAUAAGUUGCUUCAGAUACCAGGAUCAAAACUACUUUUUGGUGGUGAAGCUUUAGAGAACCAUUCUAUUCCUCAGAUAUAUGGUGCAAUAAAACCCACUGCUGUUUUUGUUCCGCUUGAAGAGAUGUUAAAGGAUAACAAUUAUGAGCUUGUAACAAGAGAGAUUUUUGGACCAUUCCAGAUUAUUACAGAAUACAAAGAUAAUCAGCUCUCAAUGGUGUUGGAUGCACUUGAAAGGAUGCAUGCGCAUUUGAGUGCUGCCGUGGUCUCUAAUGAUCUGUUGUUCCUGCAGGCAAGACUCAGUGACUCUCUCUUAUUCUUAUGUCAACAUUCAGCUUUUAUAUUGGAUUCUUCUACACGAUGUCUCCAACAAAAUGGGUCUGUGACACUGGAAACUGUACUGAUCCCCCCCAAAGUAUUAAGCUCUUGGUUGUUUGACUAUUUAUAG